GUCAAGUCCACGCACUGCUUCGACAAAUGGCAGCCGAAAUGGAGCAGCACCGCGCACCUGAACUGGCCGUGGCUGAGCCAGAGAGCAGCCCGCGCAUGGCGCUUUCGGUGGCGCCGUCCAUGAUGAAGGCCGCCGCGUGCGCUAUGGACGAGACAAAGCCCGUCUUGCCCACGGAUGUCUCCAAGUCCGGCCUGACGUGGCCCGACUCGAGUCUCCAGCCACUCCGAACAAAACCUACAACGCCCGGAGGCUCACGUCUCAAGGUGGAGACGUCACCGCCCGUCGUCCAGGCAAGCGGCACAUCGCUCGACGAAUCCGGACUGCCGAAGCCCAGUGACGGUCUCCCUGCGCCCAACAUGAGCUGUGACUCUGUGUCACCUGUCUCCCCCACCGUCAUGAAAGAUCUACAGUUCGACUCGAGAUUCAUUUCCGACGCCUGGUCCUACGAAGCCCCACAAAAUAUGUACGCGCUGUUGACACAGCCUACGAGCCAGAUGGAUCCUUUGGCGAGCGGAACGGGUCUUGUGACGCCCUACAUGCAGCUACAAGCUCAGCAGCACCAUCUCCAAAUGCAGCAACAGCAAUUAGAGCAACAACUCGAGCAUGGCCUCCCGCUUCAGAUGUCCCCCAUCCACGGUUCUGGCCUGUCGUCGCUGUACAUGUCUGGGGGCCCAAUGGCAAUCAGUCCUCAUCAGAUGUCGAUGCAAUCUCCAAACGCCUCUGGGAUGAAUUCUGCGUAUCCUCCGACACCCACCGCUGUGACCCUCAGUGACAUCUUGAUCUCGGGUGACCCGAGCCUGUUUCUGGCUCCAAGUGGUAGCCCAACUAACAUGGCCAAGCAGCAAAUGAUGCCACCCAUGCCACACGCUGGAGGUGUCAUCAACGUGAAAGACUUAACACUUAACGAGUUACGCCCUCAUUUCAACAAGCCGAUGGCAGUAGUGGCCAAGGAGCUGGGCGUGUGUAUCACACUGAUGAAGAAGAUCUGUCGUCGCAAUGGACUUGUCCGGUGGCCACACAGACGUAUUCGCAGUCUUGUCAAUCGCAUCACAUCGCUACAAGUUCUGGCGACCAACGCUGCAGGUGCAGAGCGGAAGCGCUUCCAAGGGCAGAUUGCCGGUCUACGCGAGGAGCUAUCAGCUGUAAUCCAGAACCCGAACGAGAAGAGCCGCAAGGCACAAACCGACGCCAAGAUUCCCAGCAAGGUAGAGAUGAUUACUGUCACAGAGGCCAAGAACGAGUUCCCAAUUGCCCAAAUCACGGACGAGAUGGUGGGACCAGCCGAGAUACCGGUUGACGACGAGAGUAACGGCAACAUCAAUGUGCAAGCUGACACUGGCGCUGGUAAAAAGAGUAAAAAGAAGAAAUCUUCCAAGCCAAAGACAGAAACGACGGGUGUUGUCGGAGUAAAGCGCGACGCGGUUGUUGCGCUGGCGGAUGCGGGCGAGAUCUCACGCACGAAGAAGCGCAGACCGUCCUUUGGUCUGCAUGCGCAUCAGCCGCCGCCCAUCAAGAUCCCCCGACACGACGAGCUGCCUUCCAUGAGCCGCUUGCGUAGUCAAAGUGUGCCAGAGAGACGGCUUCGCGGAGAUCGACGGCACGGACGCGGACGGGAUAAAGGCACGGGCUCCAGCUCCGCAUCCUUGCGGCCCUCCACCACGACCCACCGAAACGGUAGACGCGGCUCCAUCUCGUCCAUCUUAAACGACAUUCCUGAGUGA